CAUCUUUCAAUUUGACGUCGUUCGAGGUCACGUGGUUGUCGUUUUUCGGUCCAAUCACUGAAGCUUCACCAUUAUUUAACAUAACCAAACCUAACUUUGAGAAAUGGCUGACGAUAAAGAAGUGGAGAAAACUAUUGCUGAAGACUUGGUUGUCACCAAGUACAAAUUAGCCGGGCAAAUUGUGAACCGUGUCCUGGAACAAGUAAUUGCUAAAUGUGUUCCCGACGCCAGUGUCAGAGAAAUAUGUGAAUUUGGUGAUAAACUUUUGUUAGAUGAAACUUCUAAAGUAUUUAAGAAGGAAAAGGAUUCUAAAAAGGGUAUUGCGUUCUCAACGUGUGUCUCCGUAAACAACUGUAUUUGCCACUUCUCGCCUAUCCCAAGUGAAACUGAUUAUGUCUUAAAGCUUGGAGAUCUUGCUAAGAUUGACCUUGGAGCUCAUAUAGAUGGAUUCAUUGCGGUGGUGGCACACACUGUUGCAGUUGGUGGUGGAGAAGUAUCAGGUCGUGCUGCUGAUGUCUUGCUUGCAGCUCAUCAUGCUAGUGAAGCCGCCUUGAGGUUGUUACGGCCUGGUAAUGAGAAUUAUGCUAUAACUGAUGUUGCGCAGAAAAUAAGUGCAGAGUAUGGUUGUAAGCCUAUAGAAGGAAUGCUUUCUCACCAGCUGAAGCAGUUCAGGAUUGAUGGUGAGAAGAGCAUUAUUCAGAACCCAACUGAAGCACAGAGAAAGGAACAUGAAAAGGCUACAUUUGAGACAUAUGAGGUUUAUGCAAUGGAUGUUCUUAUUUCUACUGGAGAGGGUGUGGGACGUGAAUUGGAUACUAGAUGUACAAUAUACAAGAAAACUGAUGAGAUCUAUCAAUUAAAAUUAAAAGCAUCAAGAAUGUUUUAUAGUGAGGUUCGCAACAAACACGGAUCAAUGCCAUUUAAUUUACGAAGUUUUGACAAGGAAACAAGUGCAAGACUGGGAGUUGUUGAAUGUGUCAACCACAAGCUUAUAGAACCUUUCCAGGUCCUUUAUGAGCGUCCUGGUGAGUUGGUGGCACAAUUCAAGUUUACGGUGUUACUGUUGCCAAGUGGCACUCAUCGUAUUACUGGCCUGCCUUUUGACAAAGCUCAGUGCAACACUGAGCGUACAAUCAAGGAUCCAGAACUCAAUGCCCUCCUCAACUCAUCCGCAAAAUCAAACAAAAAGAAGAAAAAGAAAGCUGGAGCUGAAGAGCCGAUGGAAGUAGAGACAGCUGCCUAGCGACAAAACUGCUAUUUUAUGGACCUUGCAAUAAACUGCUUUUUAACUCAGAUUUUAACCAUACAAUUCUCCCAAUUCCAAUUUGUAUAACCUUUAAAAUGAGGAAACUCUUUUUAUUAAGUGCAUUAAAGAUGUGACCACUGUGAUGAAAUACAUAAACUUAAGUCUGUUUUAGUGGAGUAUACACCAGUUGAAACUAAGAAACAAAACUUUUAUACAUUUUUUACUUUCAGAUUAUUCUAAUUAGAAGAAUCUAUGCAAGUAAAUGGUAGAAGUAUUGCAAAUUAAAAUCUGUUUUAGAACCUAUAUCAAGCAAUCCUUUAAAAACAACUUGACUUAUUUGAUCACCUGCAUUAGGUUAGUUCUUUGUAACUGUAAAUAUUUCACAUAUAAAUUCUUGUUUGGGCACAAACUAUGAUUGAUAUUGAAUGAUUGUGAAAUUGGUGUCAAAAGUUGUUAAUCAUAUAAUAAAAUUUUGUCUUAGUUAAAUUUUUGUAUUAAAAAUUCUUUAUACUGACACUGGUUAGCUUCAGUGUUGGAAUAUUGUGUAGUUCUAGUUUUAUAACUAUGAAAGAUUGAGAAUUUAUAGAAUAAACUAAUUACACUGUUUGUAAAAUCCCUGACAUGAAUUAAAUUAAAACGACAACAAUCAUUGUUGACUGUCUUUCUAA